CUUUGUUUGUGCCAUCCACGGAGCAAUGCGGCGCGUUGUCUCGACAAGCCACGCCGCCUCAGGCCUUCAUCGCCGCCGCGACCCUUCCCUCCACCUGUCUAUUCGCACGGCCCCUCGGGGAAAAUGCCGCCUCGUUCCUACAACCCCAGUGGCUACUCGAGCAUCAUCGUGACCUUUUUGACACCGCCCGCCCGCCAGUGCGCGGCGGCGACAGCCCAAGGAUUAUUGGUGCUUGCAGGGUUCAAAGGAUUUCAUACUUCCGAUGGCGUAUCUCGUCCCGGGGGGUACCGCCUCAUAUCAAUGCAUGAAAAUAAUUGUGCACUUCCGCAGCGGGACCAGACUGCCAACGCCCUCACAAUCCCGAUCUGGAUAUCCGCAGAAGAUCGCCUCGGCGACGAUGCUGCGGAGUCCCUGUCUGCCAUCUACCUCGGACAGUAUCAUCAUUCCCAUUCCUCCAGGGCUGGUCCGCGCGUUAGGCGGCUAAUCCUUGAAGAGCCGUGUAUACAUCCGUGGCUUUAUAUAGUACCCAACAAAGGCCAAGCACACCGUGGCCAGUCAUGCUGGGGCCACAAACAUGGCGUCCGCGAGCUUGUCGGGAGAGAUAGCCUUAGAGGUGCGAAAAACUCAUGUGCGAUUUUGGCAUGCACAGCGUGACAUUUGUCUCCGUGCCAAAGGUCCCGAUUGUACAUGGCGAUCGCUAUCAGGUCCCGAAAUGGAGUAGCGAGCUCGCACAGCAUCUCCAGCUUUGUGGCUCUGCAUGGCUUGGCAGGAAAAACCACCGUCACGACGGGACAAAAGUGCGCGAACAACCACCUAAGCAAAGAACCGAGAGAAGAAGACAGCUAAGUAGCCAUUCUGAAACUCGGCUCGGGCCCAACAGGAAUUGUUCGCUGGAACGACUGCAUUUGCCCGAUCCCCAGCACAGUCAUCUGUGAACAGUUUACUUCCAGAAGCGU